AUGUUCUACAGCCACGAAAGUAAGUCGAAAUGCCACCACAGGCCAUCGUCAUCUCGGACGAAAAGCUCACUUGCCUAUCACACUUUAGUCCUCACCUCGCCAGAGCAUGGUGUCGCGACAAUAUGGCUGGUCGCAACUCUAGGGUCCCGCUCCAUUGCCAGAAGACUGAACCGAAAAGCGAUCCUGGACGUUGAUGUCCCCAAUGCGUGUCGAGUCAUCAUCAAUCCUGACGCACCUAUGGCCCUGCGGCUACAGGGGAGCUUGCUGUACGGAGUCUCUCGGGUAUACAAUCAACAGUGUGGGUAUACGCUGCUUGAUACACAGGCGAUGCAUGACAAGAUGGUCUCCAAGCUGAAGAUCGUUCCAGGCAGUGGGCUUGAUCCAGCUGCCGGACAGACCAACAAUCUGAUCCUACCUUAUGACCCGUCUUUCUUACCCGAGACGGCUCUCCCGGGACUUGAAAUUGACCUGUCCUAUUUCACUGCCACCACAGACGACAGCUCGAGCCAGCUCAGUGGUCUAUGGACCAAAUCACCGAAUAAUAGCUUGUCAGGCAAUUCCCAACUUUCAAGUUUGCACCUUGAGCUCCCAUCGGAUGACAUCCUAGGAGAUGGUACCAUCAGUGGACUCAAUGAAAUCAAUGGGUCUGUACAGAAGAAAGAUAAGUUCGGCAACAUGUCGGGGCUAGGCUUAGGCUAUGAAGAAGGUGUCCUCCUUCAACCUGACUUCGAAUUUGAUGAGGAUGGUAAUAUCAUCGAGCUCGGUGCCAGGGAGCAGUCCCCUUGUGCAAGGAAGUCCACCGUUGACCUGAGGGAAAGCGAAGGACCGACAGACGACCAGCAACGUCAGCUCUAUGAAGACCCUAUGCAGAUUGACAACGAGGAAGUCAUAGUGCCAGAGACCAAUGACAUGCUAGAGCUCGACACCCAGACUGCAGGUCCAACAAUUCCCCAGACAAAUGAAAACCUAGAUGGAGUUGAGGAAACAAUCGAUAUUCAAGCAGCGAGAACCCGCAGAGUCAGACGCCCAAAGGAAAUCAUAUCCGACGAUGCCACGGCGCUUCGAAAUAUGACGAUGGCCCAAUGGAACAAUGAAUACGUUGCGAACAUGAUCGAAGCACUGAAGCAAAAGCAGCAAAACAAAAUUCCGACUAUUUCGAAGAAGAAUGCUGCUUUUUGGGUGUUCGGCCAAGGAAUCGGGUCGGUUGGAGUCGGACUAGGAAUGGGUCACGAAACGCAUCCGCUCAACCUCUACUCAGGUGAGAGUCUGUUUGAAGCCGUUGGUGGAUACUCUCAUCGAAACCGGCGAAAGCGCAGCGCAGAUAAUGAAGAAUCAGAGGAGCGUCGAGUACGCGCGAGAGACGAACAAGCAGGGCAUCUUAGCCGUGAGAACAUCGACCGUCUCAAUAUGGAAGUUGAAGUCGGCCGUGAUGCACCUUCAAGUCUGUUUGACGAUCACUCAUCCCAGAUGCCCUGGAACAUCACCGCAUCUAUUCAAAGCUCUCGACAAAGACAACGAUUCGGCAGUGUUAGCGAGCUCUCUUCUCAAGGACGGAAAGCCCGAAGCCGUCUCACAAGCGCUAGCCCCCUUGCUGGGCGCAGCUAUCUCGGAGGGCAAGACCAGCUUAGCGUCGAUCUCCUGGGCGAGUUCGGAGACGACCUAGAUCUCACUCAUUAUCUUGAGGGCGAGCUUGCGACAGAGCGCGAAAAUAUUAGCUCACUCACGCCGAGCAAGCGCUCUGCUCUCGAACGCGCUCAGUCAACCCUUGAUCGGGAAAGCUUGAACUUCAUAGAUUUCAUGAAGACCAAGAUGGGUACUGCUAGCGACGGUGAAGCAGAAAGCACACAGAGCCCGAACAGCAACACGUCUAGCCCGCUCACGACCAAACUCGGGCAGACCACAUUCGCGCGUCUUCUUCCUCCUGAGAGUACGACGCGAGCUGUCGCGACUCAGGCUUUGAUGAAUGUUCUCACGCUCGCUACAAAAGGUGUGCUGCAUGUCCACCAAGAUGGGUAUAUCGACGAAAGUACGGAAUGGGCAGUCCACUAUCGCUAUGGCGAGAUUUUCCUGAGACUAUCUGGAAUGUGA